CGCCCCAACGUCGGAUGACCUUUGGCACAGUUUGUUUCUCUGCAGCGCUGAGGAGCAGACCGAGGAGUCCAAGAUGAACCGAGCCUUUAACAAAACUAGUCUGAAACAUUUGACCGGUCUCCUCCAAAGGUUUCAAAGCACCUUGGUGGUUGCAGAGCACAACAAUGAGAAGCUGACCCCUAUUACGCUCAAUGCCAUCACUGCUGCAAGUAAGCUGGGUGGAGAGGUGUCUUGUCUGGUUGCUGGAACAAACUGUGCAAAGGUUGUAGAGCAAAUCAGCAAAGUACAGGGCGUGAAGAAGGUUCUGGUGGCCCAGCAUGAUUCUUACAAGGGUGCCAUGCCAGAGGAGCUGACUCCACUUAUCUUAGCAACACAAAAGCAAUUCAGCUUCACCCAUAUCUGUGCUGGUGCAUCUGCCUUCGGAAAGAACCUGCUUCCCAGAGUGGCUGCCAAGUUGGAUGUAGCCCCAGUUUCAGAUAUUAUUGAGAUCAAGUCUCCAGACACUUUCGUCAGAACCAUUUAUGCAGGAAAUGCUCUCAGUACUGUGAAAUGUAAUGAGCCUGUUAAGAUCUUCACUGUCAGAGGGACGUCCUUUGAGGCAGCUCCAACAGAGGGAGGAAGUGCCGCAUCAGAAGAUGUGGCUGCCUCUUCACACGCUGGAAUUUCUGAGUGGUUGGAGCAGAGUCUGACAAAGAGCGACCGCCCAGAGCUGACGAGCGCCAAGGUUGUGGUGUCAGGAGGGAGGGGUUUGAAGAGUGGGGACAACUUCAAGCUGCUAUAUGACCUUGCUGACAAACUGAAUGCUGCAGUUGGUGCAUCCAGAGCUGCAGUGGAUGCUGGGUAUGUCCCAAACGACAUGCAGGUUGGACAGACUGGCAAGAUUGUAGCACCAGAGUUGUACAUCGCUGUUGGUAUCUCUGGAGCUAUUCAACAUCUGGCUGGAAUGAAAGAUAGCAAGACUAUUGUUGCUAUCAACAAAGACCCAGAGGCUCCCAUUUUCCAGGUGGCUGACUAUGGCUUGGUAGCUGAUCUUUUCAAGGCUGUUCCUGAGAUGACUGAAGCCCUGAACAAGUGAAGAGAAACAAAGUCCCACCAAACUUCCAUUUGACAGCUGUGAGGGUGACCACAGGAUCUUAAAGCAACUGCCUUAAUAAAUUUCUGACGUUGUGAGUGUCCGUGUGCAGAAAAAAUGUCUUCAUCCACAUCUCAGACUGGCAUCAGAACACUCUCAAUCUGGAAAUAAAUGUUUAAAAUAUUACAAGAAUUAAAUAUCAGUGAAUAAGCUUGUACUUUACUGUGGGAAUAGGUUAUUAUAUGAGUCUAGUAGUACACGUGUUGUAAUUUGUAUUUCAUUUUAGGGUGCUGUAAAGGACAUUUUGGGGAAUGCUUGCCUUGUCUUUAGACUUAUGACUGAUGUAGGUGGCUGUAAGAUGUGGUUGUUCAUGCUUAGCUAGAGGAUUUGAAAUUAUUGAUUUGCUCUUGGAAAAUUAUGUAUUAAAUUGACAACUAAUUACUGGCUUUGU